AUGGCGCAGCACAACCUCAACACCCCAGUAUCAGGCUUGCCAUACUUUACGCCACAGCAUCUGCACUCGCUAGGAACACCCAUGGAGCUCUCUUCUAGCACGCCCACACUAUUCAGAGCUCUGCAAAUUCGCAAUGUUACGCUCCGUAAUCGCAUCAUCGUCUCUCCCCUGUGUCAAUAUUCUUCAGCAUCAUCUGUGCCUAACAUCGGUGCCUUGACGGACUGGCACACUGCGACGCUAGGCCACUAUGCUAUCAAGGGAGCUGCUCUAGUUUUCGUUGGAGCUACAGCAGUCCAGCUCAACGGGAGGAUAUCGACAAAUUGUCCUGGCAUAUCAAGUAUAAUAGUGAAGUUGGCCGAUAAAUUGGUGAGCUUUCUCAGUUAUUCAGACCCCACCGUGAAGCAAACUGCUAACGCUCAACCAUAUGCUGCGCUUGCGUGGUCUGGAGUUUCCUUGAUUAUUCCGCUUCUGCUAAGCGACGUCACACAAAAUGCGGAAAUGCUAGAGGGGUUCGCCUGGAUUAUUGAUCUCCAAAUAUUCUGGGAAUUCUGGGAGCGCAAAAAUCUUACUUCUGAAUACGGAGAGAACUACCAGUCUCUCGUGGAGUCUUUGAUCAGACUCUGCUCCUAUAUCAUCGAGUAUCAGACUCCACAGCUCUCAGAGAUCAAACGGUUGCGCACUGUCGAAGAGGGCAUCCUUCAAUACAAGAAAGAGAAUCGACAGGACGAGAAGGAAAGAGAUCUCCUCCGAGACUUGGUCGAGGUUGCUGUUAGCGAAGGACAUUUGAGACCGCCUACCACUACCAUUACGCUCACGCCCUCUGCUGUGAUCUCUGACCUAGAGCCUGUCAUUGCGUACUUCUUUUUCAAUGAAGGUGGAGGUGGCAAGGACGCAAACGGAAAGCUUCUCACUGUAGAGCUUCCUGUCCUAUGGCAAAUACUUAUGAACUGCGCCACGGGCCCCGGGACUAACGAAAUCACCUGCGUCCUGGAUGCUCUAGAUGAAUGUGAACAGAAUAGCAGGGAAUGGAUCUUGCACAACCUUGUCAGCUUCUAUCAUGAUGAGGAUAUGAGCUCAAAGUCGAAGCUCAAAAUCCUCUUCACGAGUCGUCCAUACCAAGACUUGGAACAUUCCUUCAAGAAUUUCAAUGGUAACGCAGCAUAUAUGCGUCUCGAUGGGGACGAAACGUCCGAGCAAAUUCGCCAGGAAAUAGACCUCGUCAUCGAUGCAGACGUUGACAAAUUCACCGAAGGCUUCGACGAUGACAAUGUGCAAAAGAUUAAGACCAGCCUCAAGAGCAUGGAGAAUCGCAUCUACCUGUGGUUACACCUUACACUUGACAUAAUUCAUUAG